AUGUUAUCGGAGAUAACAACAGGCCCACCACCAGUGUCAAUAUGGACUUCACAAACUCCAUUAGAUCCUUAUUCACUCCAUCAAAUAUUUAUGCCUCAAUUCUCAUAUUCAUUUAAUCCACCAUAUUCUCAUGCAACAACUUCAUAUCAACAUCCAAUAUCCGCCACAAAUGUUCGUAAUGAUAUUUUCCCGUCAUCACCAUCAACUACAUACUAUCCAAUGCAACCCGUUGGUGAGAUUCAACAAAGAUGUUACAAAUGUGAACAUCCGUAUAAUUCUAAUUUGACUUAUUAUCAUUGUUCCAAAUGUACACGAAUAGUAUGCUAUUCUUGUAGUUAUAAUGUUUCCACAAUAUCUGUUGGAUCUCGGGUUCAUGAUAUAUUUAAUGAAACAUUGACACUUGUAACAAUUUUUCUUAUUUGGGCUAUUGCUAUUAUAUUUUCAUUACCAUUUUUAAUAUUUUCUGUUUAUGAUCCAAAUUUUGAUAUAUCUGAUAAUAUUAAUAUUACAGAAAAAGUUGUUGUAUGUCAAUUGGAUGCUAAUUCGACAACAGCACGUACCUGUAUUACAUGGUUUAUUAUUGUUCUAAUAUUUAUACCAUUUUUUAUAUUAACAUUUAUUUAUUCUCGUAUUGUGCUAGAAUUAGCACGACAUCAUCGAACAUCAUUAAAUAAUAUUGAUAAUGAUACAAAUGGUGAUACACGUUCACAUUCAUUUCUUGCUUAUAAACAUUUUGAACAAAAACGGUUAAAUACUGUUAUUAUUUGUGUUGUAACCGUAGCAUUUUUUGCUUGCCAAUUUCCUGUACGUAUCAUUCAAUUAACUGAUAUGUAUAUACGUAUCCGAAAUGCAACGUAUCUACCACAUUUAGUUUGGAUUUGGAUAUGGAAAUUAUCAAAAGUUUUAUUUUUUGCUAAUUUUACAGCAAAUCCAAUUAUUUAUAAUAUUCUGUCGACAAAAUUUCGUCGAUCAUGUAGACGUUUAUUUCAAAUAGAGCGUUCAAUGAGUUUAACAAAUUCAUCGUCUAGAAAAGCAAGUAUCACAUCUUAUCUUUAUUCAAGUAUUUAUAAUAGAAAGAAACAACAAAAGGGCAAUAUAAACAACAAUGGUAACAUGAACAAUAUCAACGUCAAUAAUAAUAAUAAUAAUAAUAACAACAAUAACCAUCAUAAUUUAAUAAAUGAUUGUGAUGGUUGUAGUAAAGACCUUGUGACAUUAGGAUUAAAUGAAGAUGGAAAUUUUACGAUGCGAAAACAACAACAGCAGACAUUAAGAGCGUUUAUUGAAAAAGAUGGUGAAUAA